AUGGUUAAUGCGUGCACCAUUUACACCAUAUGUAAGAACGGCCAGCCGCGGGACAGCGAGCGCCCACGCGCGAGGCCGCCGGGUCGACCGUGGCCUCCUCCGCGUGCGAUUGCGACGGAGAGGGAGGGUGGCGUGCACCGGCCGAGCCUCGAAGCUCUGCGAACCCCAGACCUCCCCGCGCCUCCGUCGACCCGCGCCCCGCAGGCCGCCGCUGUGCACCGGCCCGUAGCGGCCGCAAGCGCCCCCCCGAGCUCCGUGGCCAUGAGCUCGCUCGGGGGCGCAUCGCCGCGCCAAGCUUUUUUCGCCGCCGUUGUUGGCCGCCGCCGAUCGCCGCACCCUCUCCCCCCCUGUGCGGCCGUCGCGGCCUUCGUUCGCCGGCGGCCGCCCACCCGCCGCCGCUCGCAAGUGCUGCUCGAGUAUCGCCGGCCUGCGCGCGAUCGACACCCGGGCGUCCUCGCCUUGCUUCUCCUCCCAACACCAGCGUCUCCUCCCCCCCCCGCCCACGCCGCGGCGGCUCUCCGGGCCGCACCUUGUCCCCCGCCUCACCGCCGUGGGGCGGCGUCGCCGAGGAGCGAUGCUCACGGACAAUCCGCGCAUCGCGUGGCGGCUACGGCGACGCGGGACCGUGGCGGUGAGGGAGGCAGGCCGUCAUCCUUCGCCCCGCUUCUGUUUUCUGCUUCUGCUUCGGCUUCUACUUUGGGAGAAGUCGAGGACAUAAGCGGUCGGAGGGGAGGAUUCUGGAGAAGCGAGGACAGGCGGAGGCGGAGGAGAGGGGCCUGUCAUCCACGAGUGGGAUGGCAUCUUCCCACUUUUGCAACUGCGCGCCACGACCGCGCGUUUGGCGAGCAUGGCUUCACCUGCGGCGGCGCCGGAGCUCCACCCGCGCUCUGCUCCCGCGGGCCGCGUGCAUCGUUAAGGUGUAAUUACACCAUUACACCAUAA